AUGCAACAAGAUGAAACGGACUUGUAUGCAAAAGGUGCUUACAAAGGUGAUUCACCGGACAGCGAUGAGGAUAGUGAACAAAUUUACGUACCGAAUGAUCCACAUCAGUGGCAGUCAGAGCAUGUGAUCGCAUGGAUUUCGUGGGUUUCAAACAAAUUCGACAUUUUCCCGCCCCUCGAACCUGCACGCUUUCCACAAACAGGCCAAGAGAUCGCGCAAUUCUCGAAAGCGGACUUUUGGGUGUGCGCUGGUAGCAAAAUCGGCGGCAACACGCUGUCCAAACAUUUUGCCCAUCUCAUCCAACGAAGCAAUCGAUGCGUAGAUAGUCACGCGCUUGAAACCGACAUAGACCCAGAGCCGUAUCAACUACUUAAUGCUGCAUCUCACAGAUUGGUUUCACAAGGAGGACAAAUCCAGUUAUGGCAGUUUCUUUUGGAACAACUUGCCGAUUCCACAAACACACCAUGUAUCUCUUGGGAAGGAACAAACGGUGAAUUUAAGCUAUCAGACCCGGAUGAAGUUGCCCGCCGGUGGGGAGAGCGCAAAGCCAAGCCGAACAUGAACUACGACAAGCUUAGCCGAGCCCUCAGAUACUACUACGAUAAGAAUAUUAUGACGAAAGUGCAAGGCAAGCGGUACACGUACAAAUUUGAUUUCCACGGUUUGAUGGCGGCCUGCCAGGCACAGGCACAGCUUACGGACACCGGUGGCAGUGCAAGUCUUCUCUCCGGUUGUGGUUCCUACGGCUCCAGUCCAGGAUCGUCAACGUCCUCGAUGAAAUCUCCGGUACCCAUGCAUUCGGCUAAUUCUAGCCCCACGCAGGUUCAAUACUCCGUUACAGGCCCAACGACCGUUAGUCAUCCUGCAGCUGCUUCGAGCUCUCCAAUUUACUCAAAUCCAUCGAUACCGACCAACCAUCCUACCUCGGUCAGCAUAUCUGCAACUGCAUCUUCCACGCAAUCCAACACAAACCUUCCUUCCAUUGCGUCCAGCUCCACUGAAUCGGUUUCUUUCUCGGACGCAGUAUCCUCGCAUUUGCGCUAG